CCUUCCCCACCGGACCGGCCCGCAAUCAUGAAUCAUUGCAGAUGUACAAUUGUCCCGUCUCCGCCUGCCGUCCGCUUUCCUUGUUGUCUGCGCGACCUCCGCGAUCCAACAGUUAGCGCUUACUUCACCCCUCGUACCUCUUAAGCUGUGAUUCCGGAGAGUCAUCAUUUUACACCAAUUCACCGGACUAUCUGGUGAGACCUGAUUGCUCGCCGCGAUUCCUCUGGCUAUACAAGCAGUGCCUAUUGCCGUGGGACUAUUGCCGUGAGACGAAGGGCUUACAUGUCUUGUCUGAUCCGGCCGCGACCACUACCACCAAGUACUUCAUCGGCAACAGCCUUGAGGGUGAAGCAAAUUGCAGGACAGAUCGCGCCCGGGAACAGCACACCCGGUGGCAACAACAGCAGCAACACGGCCCCCAGAAACGGCGGGAGUAGUAGUAAUAGGACACGAUUAUCACGGCCGCACCACCACCAACAACAACAACAACGCAGCACCACCAGCAGGACACGAACCAUGUCCACCUCUUCAGCAACCGCGGGGGCGGCAGCGCCAUGGCGGGACCUGUUCCUCGAGCACGUCGACGCCAUGCCGUCGCCCGAGUUCUCGCUGUCUACUAUCCGGAAAGUCCGCUCUGGCCGCGGCGCAACAUCAUCAAGAUCAUCAGCCGGAGGAGGCAGCGGCGGGCAAGUUGAAGUCACCCCUCGCGUCCGGACGUGCGUCUUCCGCGGCAUGUGGGCCGACAUGCCCGUCAACCCGAAGAACGAGGCCGAGCGGAACCCCGCGGGAGUGUUCACCAGCGACCUGCCCGUGUUCACGACGGACGUGAGGAUGGACAAGAUGCCCGAGCUCUUUGGGGUCGAGGUCGACGAGGAUGCGGAACCUGGCCGGGCCGGUGCUGGUGCUGCUGGUGCUGGCGGGGCCAAGGCUGAUGAGAAAGUUGUGGGCAGCGGCGGCGGUGCCCCGGUCGAGGCCAUGUUCUGGGUCAAGGACAGCAUGGUGCAGUGGCGGCUGCGCGGGAGGGCAUACGUGCUCGCGCCAGAGGACGCUGACGACGGAGACAUUUCAUCUGGUGCUGACGGGGCGUCUUCCGAGGCAGGCAAGAAGACGGUCAAGACCAUCUUGGAGAGGAUGCGCCCGGUUGACGGCAGCAGCAGUAACAGCAACAGCAACAGCGAGGCAACCAAGCCGUGGAGCGUGCGCCGUGAGAUCUACGCGCACUUUGAAAAUCUGAGCCCUGGGAUGCGCGGGACUUGGCGCAACCCGCCCAGCGGACAGCCCAUCGACUUGCCCGUCGGCGACGAGAGGCUCAAGCUCGGGCAGAAGGGCGACUCCCUGGUCAAGGAUGACCUGGCGCGGCAGAACUUUCGCGUCGUCGUCAUCGUGCCCGAGUUUGUAGAUCGCUGCGAUCUGAGCGACCCCGCGAGGGGUAGGCGGUGGUUCUAUUCGUUCCUGGGAAGUGACGGGCAGGCAAAGUCUCCUGGUGGGCAGGUUGAAGGCGAAUGGGAGAAGGUCGAGGUAUGGCCAUGAUGACAAAUGAUAUGUCAAAGUCUUGGCUGCGGCAGGGACACAAAGCAUGAGCAGUACGAUGGCAGCAUGACAGCACGCUCGGGCACGACCCAACACACUCUGUACUUAGAUGUGUCUCUCUGCGCGCUCACUUGCGGUACUGACCUCGCAAAUUCAUGCCUGGGUCGUGGCAUCCAUCGAUACCUCGUCCAUGAGAGCAAUGACUGUCCGCGUGUUCUUCUCCCGUACUUCACCAGUGGUAGCCAUAAUUGGAUGCAAUUGAGCGCCGCCUCAUCACCAACAGA